AUGGCUACGGAAUACUCGCCCGAGUACCUCGCAGAGGACCGCAGGACGCCAGCAUACAUCGGCGUUGCGGUAGUCACCGCGCUCUCCUUUGUCGUCGUCUGCGUCCGGCUGUAUGCGCGCAGGUUCCUGAUCCGCGAACUCGGUUGGGAUGACCUCUUCAUCCUAGCAGCGCAGCUAACCAGCUGGGCAACAAUGGCCCUCUGCAUGAUGAUCCUAAAAUACGGCGCAGGCCGCCACCUGCCCGCCCUCCUGCAAACUCCCGAAACCCUCGUGCACAUGUACAAAUGGCUCGUGACCACGCAAAUGGUCUACAUGUUCAACCUGUGGCUCUGUCGCGUCUCCGGACUCGCCUUUUACGCGCGUCUCAACCCCAUGCCGCCAUUUAUCCUGUACCUGCGCCUCUCGUUUGCCUUUGUUACGGCCGUCUGGUUCGCGCAGACGCUCAUCAUCGCCCUGCAGUGUAUCCCGCUUGCGGCGCUGUGGGAUCAGACAAUUGAGGGGCGGUGCAUGGGGUCGCGCAUUGUGUUUGUCUCCACGGGCGCGUUGACGAUUGUCUGUGAUUCGUUGAUUCUGUUGCUACCGAUCAAAAUGGUCCUGGGGCUGCAGGCGAAGAUGGCGAGGAAGUUGGCCUUGUUGGCGAUUUUGUGUUUUGGGGUUUUCGCUGUCGCAACAUCCAUCCUCCGCAUGCAAAGCAUGCUCGUCUCAAUCUACAACGAAUCCGACGCAACCUGGUACUUCUCGCCCGUAAUCGCCUGGACAUGCGCCGAGGUCUCCGCAGCCAUAAUCGCGCUCUCGCUACCGGCCCUGCGCGCGCUCUUCGGGUUCCUGAAGGAACAGCGGUCGACGAGGGACGGGAACUCGAACUCGUAUGAGAAUUCGAAUGGGUACUCGCAUGGAUCGAAUGGGAUUGGGAUGGAUUCAAUGUCGAGAUCGGGCAAGGGGAGCAGGGCCAGGAGUAAAAAGGGAAAGGUUUAUCAUGGCUCGGAGCUGUAUGAGAAUACGGUGGAGAUUGAGGUUGAUUGUGUAAGGAGUGCUAGUCAGGAGGCGCUGUGGGAUGGGUAUGCCAGUGGCAAUGGGGGUGUGGGUGGUGGGGGUGGGGGUGGGAGUGGGAGUGGGAGUGAGGGGAGGGGAAGUGGACCGAAGAUUCGGGUUACAAAUACGGUUGAUGUUGAUGUUAGUCGGAAGUAA